AUGGAUCAAAAUCUUACCCUUCAAUUGUUGGCGUUGAAGGAGGAAUUUGAGGAUUAUAAAGAGUACACAUCGAAAAAUAUCGACUCUUUCUUCCUCUGCACAAUGGCGCUCAUUAUUUUUUUGAUGCAGUGUGGUUUUGCUUUUUUGGAAGCUGGUGCGGUGCGGUCAAAGAACACGACGAAUAUCAUCUUCAAGAAUGUUCUCGACUCGUUAUUCGCUCUUGUGUGCUAUUGGACUUGCGGUUGGGGUUUAGCGUACGGGCCGGGUGAGGGUUUUCUCGAGCAUCUCUUUGGACAAUCCGAAUUCUUCCUCGUCGGCACAAAUGAUUACACAAAAUUCUUCUUUCAAUACGUUUUUGCAGCCACAGCAGCCACCAUUGUUGCAGGAGCGGUCGCGGAAAGAUGCGAAAUCGUUGCCUAUAUCGUUUACUGUUGCUCGAUCUCCGCUGUCGUUUAUCCAAUUUUGACACAUUGGGGAUGGCACGAAUCGGGCUGGAUGGCGCAAGGGUUUUGGAUUUCCGAUCAAGAGAAAACUGAGUAUUUGGAUUUUGCUGGUUCUGGAGUUGUUCACCUGUGCGGUGGGACAAUCUCAUUCAUUGCAGCUUAUAUUAUGGGACCAAGAAUCGGGCGAUUUCCGGAUGAUAGCGGGGAAGUGUCUGGAGAGAUCAAAGGACAUUCUGUGCCGUUUGCUUCGCUGGGCGGCUUCAUCCUCAUGUUCGGCUUCUUGGCUUUUAAUGGAGGCUCAACCGGUUCAAUCACUGCUCCGGGAAUCGGGAAAAUCGUUUCACGAGCCAUGGUGAACACAAUGUUAUCCGGUACAAUGGCCGCUUUCACUUGUCUCAUCGUUCACUACAAAAUGAAAGGGAAAUUGACGCUUCUUUUCACGAUCAACGCAUGUUUAGCAGGAAUGGUAUCUGCGUUUGCUGUACACGCUGGUGGAGGAUCGUGGGGACUUUUUGCGGCUUGCCUCGUUUCACAUAAGGGAAUUUGCUAUGCUGUAUCAAAUGCGAUCACCGGUCAUGGAUGGCAAUGGCUUCCUGUUGCGCAACUCUUCUGGCAAAUCGUUUGUGCUUUUGCGAUCAUCACCUGGUCCUUUGCAACAAUGGUUCCCGUGUUCUUACUUUUAAAAAAAUAUGGGAAACUUCGAGUGCCAGCUGAGAUUGAAAUCAAAGGAUUGGACAUCUACAAGCAUGGAGAAGCAGCUUACCCACUUCACGCUUAUGGACACGGAUGGGACGAGUUUGAACCAAUUCGAACAACGAAAAAGAUCUCAGUCUUGAAUCCAGAAAUCUCUCUGGAGCAAUUGGCUUCCGCAUACGAUGCGAUGUCUCACAAGAAGAGUGUUUACCAUAAUCCAAGCGGUUUCGAGCAUCCCGAAUUGCAUGGAGUGGCAAAGUAUAAGAAACAGGUGCCAAAACCGACGCAAAGCGGAAAAGAAAAUGGGGCUUUUAAUGCA